GAUUCCCGCAAGACAUCGUCUGCUCCCUUUCAAGGAAUGGAUCACUGUCAAAAGGAAUUUCUUUUCAGUGUUAGCACAUGAAUGCUGACGCAAUACGCUUCACUGUGUCGCUAUCAAAGCAAUAUUUUGGACAUUUUUGUCCAUCCAUCGUGAUUGUUAUUGAUUCCCGUGUGUUCAUCCCAAAGGUGUCUAAUAGGGGGUUGAGGUCAGCUGAGGUCAAGUUCUUCUACGUCAAACUCAUUCAAGCGCGCUGGCAUGGACCUUGCUUGGCACUGGGGCACAGAAAAGGGUCUUCCCGGCAUGCAGUCGUCCAAAACAAUGAACCUAUUCUUGAAUUUUGUUUCUUUACUAACGCACAAAAAGAAUAUCAAAUUAUUCAAGCUUGUACUAAAUUAAGGACAUUAGUGUGUGUUGUAUUGUAUGAAUUAUUUACACCCUUUUACUUCCUAAUGUUAUGUUACAUAAAGGAGAGCCUACACAAAGACAAAUUAAAAUUGAAGUUUUAAAAACGUACCAAAAAAAAAAAAAAAAUGACAUUCACCACGACCACAAAAACAUUGUAUUCCCUAAGUGACACUCAUCAUUGCAUUUUAUGUACAUUUAUGCUCAAACUGCACACUUUUUUUUUAUUUUUAUUUUUUUAUUGAGGCACAGCAAACAAAAAUAGCUGAAGGGGUUAUUUUCACUUUGUCUACGGUUUUAUUGAAGCCUGUUUUAAUGAUCCACUGACACAGACACUUACGUGCUGAUAAAGGCUCAUUUUAUGUGGCCUGUAAAAGCAAGUCCUGUUGGGAGCUUUAAUGGUUCUUGCACAAUCUGUACCAAAAUUUCAAAGAUAUCUUUUUUGUCAUUGUAAGCUAAGCAUUCCCUUUAUCAUUGUAAAGUUGAAUUACAGUCUUACCCUUUACAUCUUUUGUACAAAUAUGUAAUAUAUCUUGUACAGUGCAUAUUGUGUAUUUUGUGCAUUUUGCUUUUUUUAAGGGAUCUGCUGGCUUACUCUGCCAAAUUAAAAAUAUCUCAUCUUUUGACAAUUUGAAAUUUUGGUACAGAUUUUUGUAAUAAAUAAUGACAUUGCGAUAUUGCACGCAUUGUUUUUGUUGGCAAACCCCUUUUUAACAGUAACGAGAACAACUGUUGAACAAACUAUUUUCUUUGAUUUCUUAUAUGAAAACUAGUUAUUCAUCCAUUUGUUGCGUACAAUGUAUGUAUUAAUAUGAUAAGUUGAUUAAACAUUUAGGGAAACCAUGGUAUUUAUUUUCAGCCCUCAAUAUAUGUGUGACAUACAGGGGGCCCAAAUGACUUUUCCAAGAGGCCACCGCCAGAAAAACCAUACAAAUAAAACCAUAAGACAUCCCUUCAUACGUGCUGUUUGUUGUUUGAGGGCGCCGUUGUGAUCACGGCGUAUGUCGCAGAGCAGUGCACUUGAAAGUCACACAAAACAUUUCAAUGGUAAACGACGUUUCCUGAGAGGCAAAACAAGGCUCAAGUGUUUCUCCCAAGCCGCACUUGCUCAAACACGCCAGGCCAUCGAGAAAAAUCCACUUGUUCCCACUCCACCUGUUCAAAAUAUCAUUAAUCUGCAGCCGCCCAAUUACAGGCCCGGCUCUCUCCAAGCGACCAAUGGCGAGGCCCAGCGGUUCUGACCAAUCCCAGGCUGCAUUCGGAUGUGGCCUGUCUUUAUCAAUGUGCUGGUCCAGAUGUCCACAUGCUGCUUAUGUAUGAUAUGCGGGGGGGGGAGCUGCGUCAGUUGCAAGCGCUGUCUCAUUCGGACCGACGGCCUCGCCCGCUCGCUAUGGCUGCCGAGAGGUGAGGGCCAACGGUGACCAUUUGAUCUCGUCUGUCAGCAUUUGGACCUCUCAAGAGACACCAAGAGAUACGGCACCAAAACCUGACCUGUUUGUGUGGUAGGUCAUCAAGGUGGUCCUGACUGGAUCUGACUGGAGUUUGGUGAGACUAGUCCUUCCCAUGGAUCCAAACAUCCAAAGUACUUUCCUGUUCAACAACCAGUUUACUUCCGAGCUCAAGGCGCCGGUAUGCCAGUACUCGGUACCAAACUCUUUCUACAAGCUCAACGCGGGCCUCGGCAGCCAGCUGCCACCGGGGACCCCUCAUGGCAUCAGUGACAUUCUGAGCCGCUCCAUGGUGGGGGUGGGCUCGGCGGGCACCGCCGACUCCCUGCUCUCCGGCUACUCCGGCGUCGGGGGUUUCGGCCCGGCCGUCUCCGGCGCGUCCGUGUAUUACAACCGAGACUACGGCUCCACCUUGAACAGUUUGGCCAAGCCCGGCGCCGAGUGGCCCAUGAAGGGUCGCGGUGUGAACUGCUGGGCUGAGAGCGGCUGCGACUGGAGAGGAGCCAAGCAGCAGUGUGCCAACGGUGAUCACCUGGGCGAGUUGUCGGCUCGGAAGAAGCACACCAGGCCCACGUUUAGCGGGCAUCAGAUCUUUGCUCUGGAGAAGACCUUUGAGCAGACCAAGUAUUUGGCCGGUCCCGAACGGGCCAGACUGGCUUAUUCUCUGGGCAUGACUGAAUCUCAAGUCAAGGUUUGGUUCCAAAACCGCCGCACCAAGUGGCGGAAGAAGAGCGCGUCUGAGCCGAGCUCCACGCAGGCCCACGCCGGGCAGGCCGGCGAGGCCUCGGACAACGAGGCGGAGGACGAGGAGUACAACAAGCCCCUGGAUCCGGACUCCGACGACGACAAGAUCCGGUUGCUGCUCCGCAAACACCGCAGAGCUUUCUCGGUCCUGCGGCUCGGGCCUCCCCACAUGUGACGCCAGCUCGCUUGCGUAACACGUGUACCUGCAUGCGAAGCAGUGAUUUGGACAAAAAAGUGUUGGGGAGUAACUAAUUACAUGUAACGAGGUUACAUAAUUCAAUUAGAAAAUGCAUGUAAUUGGAAUCCAUUACAUUACCGGGAGAAAAUGUGUAAUUCAACUAAAGAUGCUUUUGGAAAUUACUUUGGACAAAUAGCCAAAAGCUCAGAUUUUUCAUUUCCUCCUUCUAAAGCUUCUUGUGAUUGGCUCUCUCUGGUCAUGUGCCAUUCUGCCCGAGUCUCAAACGUGACAUAUUUUUGAGAGAUUUUAGUUAGCCUCCGAGUUAAACUUUUCAACACAUAAGUGAACAUUGACUUUAUAAUUUGGGACUUUGUUAUGGAAUAUCUGCAUUGUAAUUUAAAACGAUAUUGUUUAAAUUGUGCAGGCUUGUCAUUAGGUCAACAGUGUAUGCUAUGGUGGUAUUCCAGAUGCUACACACAUUUAAUGCGACAAACACUUUUUUUAAAUUAUGUGUUAACAUUUCAGCGUGUUUUGUCGUUAGUUUAUUAUUUCUGUAAAGUAUGUGGUAAAUUCUAAAAUAAUCAUCUUUGGUUUUAAUACACUUUUUACAGGAAGCAUCCAAGGGUGCUGAUGAUGCAUUUAAAAAAAGAAUCAUUAAAAUGUAAUCAAAUGUAAUUAGUUAUGUUACUUUAAGUACUUAAUUGUUUGGGGUUUUUUGUUUCGCUCACUUUCAGCAGAACAGAAACCACAAAGCAAUGAGAAACAUUUCUGAAGAAAACCAACUUCAAAUUUAUUAUGGUUGUUGUCCAAAAUUUUAGGGGCACAAAUAUCUAAUAUUACACCAAAAUUUGAUGAUAUACUGCAUUAUUAUUGUGCUUUUAGCUUCAAGUUGUGUACAAUAAAACUGCACUGCGUCAUACCUAGAGGUUGCAAAUGUUUAGGUUAACUUAUAUAGAUAGAUAACAACCUCUCAGUAUGAUGCAGUAUAGUUCUACAUCACUGCAAACAUCACAAUAAUCAUAUUGUUAAAUGAAUAUCUC